GAUUCAUCUUGCUCGUGCGCUAACUGAUGCUACUCUGUCUAUACUGCCUCACUCGCGUGCUAGCCACCAUCCCGAUCACACAGUAUCAACAAAGUUUGAAAGUUUGCGCGCUGAGGGGACGCAAAUUCUAUCUUAAGUUCGUUUUUCUAAUACCUUACUUAUAGAGGAUUGCAUAUAUUUUCAGUGAAGACAAUAAGCCGAUGUUCAUCUGUUUGCAUUUGUUUGUGUUUCAAGUCUUUCUCUCAUCAAUAUGUUGGUGACUUUCAACUAAUUAACAACCUUCUGGAAUUCUACAUCAAACCAGGAAAUUCAUUCGAUAACAGAACAGUGAGGCUUGUUGGUAGAUUUCGAUCUUUUUUUCGGAAUAUGACAUGACUGUUUGUUUUUCACUUGAGAACUGAAGAUUCACUAACGGAAUUCCUAAUAAAAUGGAAUAAAUUGAAUAAAACAAUAUUUUCACCGAAAUAGAGACGCACUAUAAGAAGGAGUUCGAUCCUUUUCCCAGGGUUAUUAUGUGCUGUACGGAUCAUCAUAAAAGAGUUAUUGAUCUGCGCGUUCCUCUGAUGUCGGGUGGUUUGUAUAUUAGUUAAUAUAUUGCAGCAACAGGAGACGCAGCGUUCAUGACAAUCGGAGAUGCUGCCGAUUGCGUUGAGCAUUUCAAACUGUCCAAGAGAAGGGUUUAUGUUUGCAAUUCUUUAACCGCUUUUUGGAUGACUGUCCGGCGAUAUUGAUAAAAAGGACUCAUUGCUGUUGCAUUUAAGUUCCAUCAAGGACUUCGAGUUUCGUGGGGGAUAUCUUUAGUCAUAAACUGUGAAUAUAAACUCUGGUGCUGAUCUUGAAAACUCUGUUCACUAUGUAAUAGGCUACGCAUUCAUAGUCGCCCAACCCUUCCCGGAACACCCUACAUCGACCACUAGCAUGAUGCCCAUGGUGUCACCUAACGUGGAGCGCUACCUCUCCACGUUAGAGUCCGACAGCGGGGUCAGUUCUGCUGCCUCACCCAUGUCACCAAGGCCGUCACCAUUUUCCCUUGGUCACGAGGCAGACAAGGGGAAGCCAUGUCUCAAGUGUGGAAGUCAGUGUCCAGGAUUCUCACUUCAUUACUGGAGAAAGAUCUGCCGGCACUGUAAGUGUCCACGAGAAGCUCAUGAUGUUGGCAGCAUGGAUCAGGAGAAGAGUAUCAACAAACUGAUCCAGGAUUUCCAGCGCAACUCGACGUCUGAUGACGACAGUGGGUGCGCCCUGGAGGAGUACACGUGGGUGCCGCCCGGGCUCAAGGCUGAACAGGUACACCAAUACUUCAGUGCCCUCCAAGAAGACAAGAUUCCCUACAUCAACAGCGUCGGAGAGAAAUACCGCAUUAAACAACUCCUGCAACAGCUGCCUCCCCACGACAAUGAGGUACGAUACUGCAACUCACUGGGCGAUGACGAGAAGCGCGAACUCAAAUUGUUCAGUUCUCAAAGAAAGAGGGAGGCACUGGGCAGAGGCAGUGUGCGGCAGUUAGCGCUCACGAUGGUGGACGUUCAGUGUAGACAGUGUGAGCAACAGGUCUCUGGAGGAGAGAUCGCUGUGUUUGCGUCACGGGCCGGGAACGAGGCCUGCUGGCAUCCUGGUUGCUUCGUGUGUGCUACGUGUGAGGAGCUGCUGGUCGACCUCAUCUACUUCUACAGGAACGGCCGCAUCUACUGCGGGCGACAUCAUGCCGAACUGGUCAAGCCGAGAUGUGGUGCUUGUGAUGAAGUCAUCUUCGCUGAUGAAUGUACCGAGGCUGAAGGUCGUAGUUGGCACAUGAAGCAUUUCUGUUGUUUCGAAUGUGAUAAACAGCUUGGCGGCCAGCGCUAUAUCAUGCGGGAUGGGCGGCCAUUUUGUUGUACGUGUUUCGAGACAAUGUAUGCUGAGUAUUGUGACAGCUGCGGGGAAAAGAUCAGUGUGGAUCAAGGUCAAAUGACACAUGAAGGUCAACACUGGCAUGCCAACGAUCGGUGCUUCUCUUGUAACUCCUGCAGGGUGUCGCUACUCGGGCAGCCAUUUUUACCAAAGCGUGGCCUGAUCUAUUGUUCAACUGAAUGUAGUCGUGGACGACCACUGGAACCUACAUACGCACAGACGAAGUUGCACGCCAUCUCAGGUCAUCAGUUAGUUCGUCCACCAGGGGCGCCGCCAGAUUCCUCUCUCUCUGAUGUGGAAUUUGUUUCAAAUCCUAUGGAGUUGAAUCAUCGGCCGAGCAGCGGUCAAACUGUGAAUCUGAGUAGUAUUGUUGGUCAGGCAUGUGGACCUGAAGAGAGCGGGUCAGUGUUACACUCAUCACGGUACUCGAUGCCUGAUCUGACGCAGGAUAUUCCUGGGACGCCAAACACCGCUGCAAGGAAAAGCAGCUUGGUCUGCCGGAGCAAACGUGCUGGCUCGGAGAAAAACUUAACGGUUCAUUUUGAUCCUAGACAGGAUCCAUUUGCGAGUCGGUUUGAUCCUAAUCGACCAAGUGGACGGUCUGGUUCCCGUAUGGUCAUGGGGACGCGGUCGUCAAAACGCACUGUCAAAUUUGUGGAUGAUAAGAAAAUGAAUCCAAUUUCACGGAGUGCUAAUUCACAGAGUAACGCAGCUCAUUCUCAGAGAGAUGCAAGACUUUCUGCGAGUGUUGGGACGUACCCACGAGCGCCACCCUCGCAUUGCCGUCCAAACGCCCAAGGCUGUUUCAGAUUCCCUCCACCACCUCCUCUUGAGGGAGAUCAGUGUCAAAGCCGCCCAACUCAAUAUGCCAAUAAUGAUAUUGACAACCAUAUGCAAACAACCCCUCAUAACGGUAAUGUGAGGGAACGCCGCCACUCUACUAAUGGUGAGGUACGACAGGAGCAUCAUCAUCAUCAUCAUCAUGAACAUCAUCACCAUGAGCAUCAUGAUGGGUGUCAACAUGAACAGAUAGAUGGCGCUGACUGUGACAGUUACUCAUGUAGUACAUGUACAAGUUCAAGCGAUGAGGAAGAGGACUACUAUGACUAUCUGCCGCGGUAUGGGCCAAGGAUCUCGUACAUCACUGAUGGUAUGAACAGUCUGCCGGCAAACUUCAAAUCGGGGAAAAAGAAGAAGGUCAGGAGCAAGCAUUGUAUUGUCUCAUAGUGGUCAGUCACAUCCCUCUCGAGACACGCUUGAAUCAGGUUGCCAAUGGGUGCAUUAUGGCUGUCCGCGGAAACUUUAUACGUGAUGUGUGUUUUAUGUUCAUUUCACAUUAAGAACAGGGAUUUGUAGAGCUGGGGUCCAAUAUUUGACGGUUUGCCAUUGUUUGGUGAGGCGAUCAGUUUACCCAGAUAACAGUGCUGGUUGUGAAUGAGAGAACUUUGACAUGGUGUGACGUAUCUAAUGUGCUGUUUCUAUUCAAGUGCUCUACCAGCUUCAUAUUGGGAGUAUAUUGCCAAAUAUGGCCAUUUUAAGCAAUAUGUCUCACCGACUCAAUUGAACAAUCAACUUUUGGUGAAGGCAUGUUUUUUUCUUCAAGAUUUUCAUAGUGUCCUUCCAACACAACGUUGUAUCUACAAAACUAUGGUGUUGGCCAUUGGUUUUAUCACCCCCAAUUAACUGAAUAGACUCUUCUGGAGAUUGCACAGGAAAAGUCCAUUCAGGUAAGUGGGGGUGUAAAGGUAAACUGGUAACACUCAAACCUGAAACUAUGGUAUUUGAGAAUCUCUGGUUCCACAUUUACUAAGGAACUAAACCCAAUCGACUAAAUUCCCGAGGUUAUUACUGUCUUUUAUUUUCUACUUUGUUCUCAACUAAUAAGACUUUGUAUACAGAUUUUAACCUGAUAUUUUACUGUAUACAAUGUCAUCAUUGCAGCAUAAAGAUUGUGUAUUAUAUUGAUGUUCACCCUAUGGACUCGAAAUUGGGCUCGAGUUUUUGAGAGGGUUCCACAUUGUGUGGAAAGGCCAAUUGAAUACAAAGCUAUUGAGCCUUUUGUAAGCAUCAAAUCUGCAUGUUGGAUAUGCAAGCAGGCUUAAAACGUGGAUUUUAAGACUUGACGUUUACUUACUCCGUUGGUCAAAUGUGAUGUGUUUUUGUUGGAACACCAAGGAUGUGGUUUUGUGAUUGUCAGUGGCUUUCCUGGACUCGACACGAUGUACUUGUAAUGUUGUAGAAAUAAUUGUGAAUAUCAUAGGUAAUUGUAAGAAACAAGUUGUACAUUUUUAUACACGCGAAUAAGUUAUACAAGUUGUACUUGGUACUGAUGAGAUAUUUAAUUGGAGGUUUCAACUAUGCAUGCAAGUCAUUUAUGAUAUGUGAUCAAGUCUGAUAUCAACUGGCUCAGCAAUAUCAACUGGCUCAGCGAUAUCAACUGGCUCAGCGAUAUGAACU